GACCGGACGACGAGUCGAGAAGUCCGCCGCGCGUGUUCGCAUCGUCGGCAUUAGUGUACCGUCCGGUUCAAAAAUACGUUCGUCGUCGCCGGCGCACAGUACGCCAGUUCACGCACAACGCGCGCGCUUAUGCGCCAGACAGUAAUACACAUACGUACACACACACACCAGCGCGCGCGCGCGCUCCCGUGUACUUAUGCGUCUACGACUGCGACACGAGUGUAAUAAUAUUUUAAUACUACGCGACACGAGUGCGCGCCGUUAACAAGUGUCGAAUGUAACGAUAAACGAAUAUAUAAAAUAAUUAUCGCGAUGGUGGUUAAUAGGUAUCGUUAUUAAAUAUUAAUUAUUAUCGCUGUAAUCCGCGGUCGAACGCCAGUCUCGAGUAAAAGACGCCGAGCAAACCGUUAAUACCCAAAAUAUUUAUAUUAUUAUCGUGCGAGUUUUUCAUCGUUGUGUCGUUCGUUUGCGUUUUCCGUCCGGUCGUGUCGUCUCCGGAUUUUUGGAUAUCGUUUAGUGUCGCUGCAGUGUCUUCUCGUGUGAUGGUGCGUUAUCGGUGCGCGGACAAAGGUAGUGUUCCGGCGGCGCCGGCCGCCGUAUGCCGGCCGCCGCGAUAGGUGCGCCGAUCCCACAGUGAUGACGAUGUGCCGCCGGUAGGGUUGUCGCCAAGCACAAUAGUAAUAAUACCACCGUCGUUAACCGCGUGUGGACCGCCGUUACCCGAGUGGUCGGCGUUUGUCUCCUCUGCGAACCCCCGCCCACCAAAACGAGCGUAGCGGUUACUACCGCGCGAGCCGCCGAGGUGAUGCCCCAUGCGAGCGAAGACGGAGGCGCGGCCGGCGAGGACGCGUGCAGCUCGGACGAGCUGAUCGUGUUCAAGGACGAGAACGGCGGCGAAGACGUAGUCAAGCGUUCUUCCGAUAAAGUCACCGAGGAGAAGUCCGACCUGAUCGACUUGUCAGAAUCUGAGAAAGUCAGUUCAAACCAUCGAUGUUCUCCUGUAAAAACCAGCAGUUCUACUCCUGAUCUCAACCGAAGUAAACCAGGUCCAACUCCCCACCCACCUGCUUUCAACAUGGGCUAUCUCGUUGCACCUUAUCCAUCGCCCUACACGAACGGCACUACGUCUGUGUCAAUGAUGAGUUCCUAUCUCGAAUCUCAAAGGGAUCCUUUAACCGCAAGCAAGAUUGGUUUAGGACCAGCCCAUCCAUUCUUUUGCCACAACGGCGAGCAGCUGGGUACCCAACCACCACCCGCCCAUAUGGGCAUACCUCCUUACCAACUUGACAAAGCACCCGGACUCCCGAGGCCUUCAAUGUACCCAUUCCCCACAGGCCAGUACCCUUAUCCGUUAUUAAGUCCGGACAUGUCACAAGUUGCAGCCUCAUGGCACACACCGGCCAGUAUGUACCAUCAGAUCUCAUCGGCUGGAACUGGUUUCAGAGGAUCCUACCCACCUUCAUUAGGCACGAGCCUAACUAGUGAGCUGUAUAGGUUUUCACCGACGGGACUGAUGGGUGGUCCAUCACCUCAUCACCAUUUAUCCCACCAUACCCAUCAUUCUCAUCCUGCGAUUGUAACUCCAGGAGUGAGACAAGACCUGCAUACGGAUUCUAAUCACAGGCCGCAAAACGACCAUAGUAAAAACUCUUCGUGCUCAGACGGCUCCAAGCACCAUGAUACUGUCCAAAACAGUAAUAACCAAGAUAAGAAGAAGCCUCACAUAAAGAAACCUCUGAAUGCGUUCAUGUUGUAUAUGAAAGAAAUGAGGGCAAAGGUGGUGGCGGAGUGUACGCUCAAAGAGAGUGCAGCGAUCAACCAGAUAUUAGGGCGACGGUGGCACUCUCUGUCGCGAGACGAGCAGGCCAAGUACUACGAGAAAGCGCGCCAGGAACGACAACUCCAUAUGGAACUGUAUCCUGGUUGGAGCGCUCGGGAUAACUAUGGAUACGGCGCCAAGAAGAAGAAACGGAAGAAAGAGCGCGUACCGGUCAUAGAUGCUGGCUCAGGAGGUAAUAACAGCAUGAAAAAAUGCCGUGCGAGAUACGGACUUGACCAGCAGAGCCAAUGGUGUAAACCUUGCAGGCGCAAAAAACGUUGCAUACGGUACAUAGAGAGCGGCGGCGACUCGGGCAACCAGUCGGACGACAACCAGUCGACGGGCAGCUUGGGCCACUCGGACAACGAGGAGGCCGACUCCGCGUCCAGCCCCGGUGGCCUGAGCGCCCUGUCCAGCCUGACCAGCCCGGGAAUGUUGACGCAGGCCAGCCUGUCCCCGGCCACGCCGCUCACGCCGCACGUGUCCGAGUACGAUUGCCCGCCGAUGUCCGUUCGCAUGCCGUUGGCCGUAGUGGUGCCCACCAGGCACCACCAGCCGGUUGGCACCAACCCGCACGACAUCAACAACCCGCUCAGCGUCAACCAGCUGACGGGUGGCGUCGUCAACAACAAGUGCCAUAACAACCCCAGGGACCAGCAGCAGCAGCAGCAGCAGCAACAUCAGCAGCAGAACGAUCUGAAAACCGGCGGUGGCCCGAACAACCAGCCCGAACAACAACAGCGCCCCAACAACAGUAACCGGGCGCUGCCCGCCAUCAGCGUGACGUAGCGAAGCUAAACAGCAGUACAUAAUAAUAAUGAUAAUAAUAAUAAUAUAAUUGUGACGAUGACGAUGAUGUCGCGUGUAGGAUAUGAUAUUAUUGUUGUUGCGUACCAUGUUUAUUAUUAUUGACCCACCCGCUCAAUUUAUCGUAAUUUUUUUUAUUCUCCACGCAACGAUGAUGCAUUCGCAGUACUAACGAAAUAUAUUUUUAAUAUUUAUAUUAUAUUCGUAACUGUAUUGUGAAUGUAUUAGACGGAUAGUUAUGACGUGUUAUAAUCGGAGAUAAUUGUAGGCAAAUAAACAAAAAAAAAAAUACACGAUACGGUCGAGGCGGACGUUCGCCAUUCGGGACUUACCUACUUACAUUUGACCGUAAAAUUCGUUCAAAAUUAUAAUGUUAUUACUAUUAUUGAUAUUAUUUUAUUGCCAUUUUGAGAAUCUUUAUAUAGAAUCCCUUUGUGUACCUCAAAGACUAAACGCAAUUGUUUUAAUUAGUUCUUAAUCAUGUUGUGUGUGUAAUUCAUGAAAUAUAAAUGUUGUUUGUUUGCCACUAAAAAUUAAAAUAAAUAUUUAAAAAACAAACCCUCCCCCCCACAAAAAAAUUCACAUUGCUUCGUUAUUAUUAUUAUUAUUAUUUUAAUUUGUGCGACCAUCAAAUCAAAACGUUAUUUUGAAUAAUAUUGUUAUUUCACAUGAUUUUUAAUAAUAUUUUAUAAUAAUGACGCGAUGUAUAACACAAACAAAAUAAUAUUUUAAUCAACGCGUAUGACGACGGUUCGUUCGUAUUUAUAUACUUGUAUAAACGUAUAGGGCUGUAUUAGUAUUGGACAUAGUGAGAUGCGUUUUGUUGUAUUUUCGUGGUCCAUAUUUCCAAAAUUAUUAUCUCCAGUCGAUGUGCAAAUAUUACACAUGCCAUUGAAAUCACUUGUUAUUUUUUAAUAUGUUCCUAUAUCUUACAUGCAUUAUGUUAACGUUCAUGAAUAUUACCGUAGGUACCAAACAAAUAUGUAAUAUAUAAAUAUAUUAUAUAUUAAUUAUAUCCGAUACACAGCCCUAUAUAAUUGUGUUUCUACCUCCUUAAUUGAUUGUGCCAGUUAUGAAAACUAAUAAUUUGUAAAAAUUAAAAUUAAAAUGAAGUCGCGAAUAAAUCAUUAAUUUUGUCGUACCUUCAGAAAUACUCUUGAUAUUUUAGCGAGUAGAGAUGUAAUUCAGAUUAAUUGGAAAAAUUGUACUUAUAGAUUUUUUUAAAGUUAUAUGUAAUUUAAAAAUGUAUAUAUAUAAUAUAUAUAUAUGUAUAUAUAUAUAUAUAUGUGUGUGCAUAUAAUUAUAUGUGUAUAAAUAUAUAUAUAUAUUAUUAUUAUUAUUAUAUUUUAUUAUUAUUUUUUUAUUUUUUUUUGGCAAAACGCUAGUCAUUUUUGCCAGAUUUAUUAACGUACAGAACCCACUUAUAAACAUUAUUGUUUCAAAUUUCAAAUGAGACUGAAGACAGUUAAGAUAAUUUGAUUUCAGAUAUAAAUUUUAAAAUGUAUGUUUGUAAUACAUGUGUUUUUUUUAAAUUUUUGUGCCAAAUUUUCAUAAUUUUAUUUUUCGCCAUAAAGUAUAUAAUUUGUAAAUGUUUUAAUAAUGCAAAAAUAUUAUGCACAUUCCAAAAUUGUCUACCAUAUAGAAAUAUCGUUAAGUUUUUUUUAUUUUAAUUUACUGUGAAUUUAAAAAACAAAUUGGGACUGUUACUGUUGCUAAUAUUAUUUUGUAAUAUUUAAUAACUAUCUAGGUACAUAAAAUAUAUAUAUAUACAUUGUAAUAAGUUAUAAUGUCUAUAAAUUGUUUUUAUACUUAAUUUUAUUUAAAAUGAAAAAUGUGCAAUUUGUUUUAUAUAAUUUUAUUUGUUUUCAUGUCUUGAGUUUUAUCCCUCCAAAAUGUUCAUUUCAACAAUUUUGUACACUUUUUUUGUUGUUUUACCGUCUAUUUUACUAUAAGUGUUUUAGUAACUUGAACAAAAUAUUCUGUUGUUUCUAAUUUCCUCUGUAAUAUAUAGAUAAAAAACAUUUUAUGCAUAAA